CCUUCCCUAACAUUUCUUAGGUUAUCUCACUUCUCUUUCAUGGCUUCUAUUCUGUUUACUGGUGCAGGAAGUAACCUUUUUCCCUCUACAUCGAAGGAUUCCAAUGAGUUUGAAAGUGUUAGAAUUAAGGGUCUCUCUUUGAAGAAGGGAUUACCCUUCAUAGACCGCAACAUGAAAGAAUUAACCAUCACCAAUGUCGCCACCAGGCCUAGACAUCCCGUGAUCAUUCCUGACCCAUCUCUACCACCGGAAACCGUCAAUGAUCGUAAGCUGGCAGCGUGGACCAGCAUCAAGCAGGAACGAUGGGAAGGAGAGCUUCUUGUUCAUGGAGAAAUCCCCAUGUGGCUGAGAGGGACCUACCUAAGGAACGGCCCGGGGCUAUGGAACAUAGGGGACGACUACCAGUUCCGCCACCUAUUUGACGGCUACGCCACACUCGUCCGUCUCCACUUCGACAAUGGCCGAGUCACCGCCGCACACCGCCAAAUCGAAUCAGAAGCUUACAAGGCAGCGAUGAAGAACAAGAAGCUCUGCUACAAUGAAUUCUCCGAGUCACCACCAAAACCCCAGAACUUCCUCUCCCACAUAGGAGAACUAGCGAAUCUCUUCUCCGGCACUUCAUUAACAGACAACGCUAACACCGGUGUCGUCCGCCUCGGCGAUGGCCGCGUCAUCUGCCUAACAGAGACCGUUAAAGGGUCGAUCGAGAUCGACCCAGAGACGUUGGAAACGAUAGGGAGGUUCGAGUACAGCGACUCGUUGGGUGGGUUGAUUCACUCGGCUCACCCGGUGGUAACUGAGACGGAGCUUCUUACGGUGCUGCCGGAUUUGAUGAAGCCUGGUUAUAGGGUGGUGAGGAUGAAGGCAGGUACCAACGAGAGGAAGUUGAUAGGGAGGGUGAGUUGCAGAGGAGGGCCUGCGCCUGGGUGGGUGCACUCCUUCCCUGUGACGGAAAACUAUAUCUUGGUCCCUGAGAUGCCGUUAAGGUAUAGUGCUCGGAAUCUGAUGAGGGCGGAGCCCACACCGCUUUACAAGUUCGAGUGGCAUCCUCGGUCCAAAGCCUUCAUGCAUGUCAUGUCUAGAGCUACUGGUGAUAUUGUGGCGAGCGUAGAGGUUCCACUGUUUGUGACAUUCCAUUUUAUAAACGCGUACGAGAUCAGGGAAGAUAAGGAAGGGAGGGUGACGGCUAUCAUCGCAGACUGUUGUGAGCACAACGCCGAUACUUCCAUACUUGAUAAGCUCAGGCUGAACAACCUCCGCUCUUGGUCUCACCAAGACGUCUUGCCCCAUGCCAGGGUUGGGCGUUUUAUAAUACCUUUGGAUGGGAGCCCAACUGGGAAGCUGGAAUCUGCGUUGGACCCAGACAAGCAUGGAAGAGGGAUGGACAUGUGCAGCAUCAACCCUUCUUUCUUGGGCAAGAAAUACAGCUACGCUUAUGCUUGUGGAGCUCGACGCCCUUGUAACUUUCCAAACACACUCACCAAGAUCGAUUUAUCAGAGAAAACAACCCAGAACUGGCAUGAAGAGGGUGCAGUGCCAUCCGAACCAUUUUUCGUGGCUAGGCCCGGUGCAACUGCAGAAGAUGAUGGGGUUGUGAUCUCCAUGGUCAGUGAUAAGAAUGGUGGAGGAUAUGCAGUGUUGUUAGAUGGUAGCACCUUUGAAGAAAUCGCCAGAGCAGAAUUUCCUUAUGGUCUUCCAUAUGGGCUACAUGGAUGCUGGGUUCCCAAGACAGGAUAGUCAUAAAGUGAUGUACAAUAGUGUAUACCAUCAGAAGAAAUUUAUAAGAAAAAAAAUAAGGUGUACAAUAUUAUGAUAAUGGUGAAGAAUGGCUCCUCCAAUAUUAAGACAAUCUUGAUUCAGAAUUAUGGACAUAGGUUCUGGUCAGAGCUGAUAAGGUAGUCAU